GUCAAUUAGCUGUCAGAAUUUAUAGAUAAAAGUUUAGCUUUAACUUAGGUGUGGUACUCUGCCAUUUUUAGUGAAAAUACAGCAAUGUCGGCGACUCUGAAACCAUAUCUAACGGCCGUGCGCCAUACACUAACUGCCGCGAUGUGCUUAGAGCAUUUCUCAUCGCAGGUCGUGGAGCGAUACAACAAGCCCGAGGUCGAGGUUAGAACGAGUAAAGAACUCUUGCUGAAUCCCGUCGUCAUAUCUCGUAAUGCCAACGAGAAAGUGCUAAUAGAGUCCUCCAUAAACUCUAUUAGAGUGAGUAUUAUGAUCAAACAAGCCGAUGAGAUUGAGAAGAUCUUGUGUAAAAAGUUCAUGCGUUUCAUGAUGAUGCGGGCUGAGAACUUCAUCGUUUUGAGGCGGAAACCCGUCGACGGAUACAACAUCAGCUUCCUGAUCACGAACUUCCACACGGAGCAGAUGUUCAAGCACAAAUUAGUGGAUUUCGUUAUAUAUUUUAUGGAAGAAAUUGAUAAGGAAAUCAGUGAAAUGAAACUGGCCGUUAACGCUCGCGCACGUAUUUGUUCCGAGGAGUUUUUGAAGCGUUUCUAAGUGGAUUAUACUGGUAUAGACUAUGAUGAGGCUGCCAAAGCCCCAAGCUUAGUUCCCACCCUUCUACUGUUAAGCUCAAAUGCGGGUGAGGCACAAGCCUUAUUGUGGUGCACUUGGUACUUGAUAAUAUAGUGACUGACAUGAUUCUUAAUUUAUAUUCAUUAUUAUUUUACAUGACAAGCAAAGCUCUGUGGGUUUAAUGCAUGUAAAUAAUGUUUGGUAAAGUCCAAGGGAUGCCUUUUUGCCCAAUAUAUGUUAGCCAGAAGAUGUUAUUCCACUGCAUACGAGCAUUGUGUUCCAUUGCUUGAUAAGCAUGAUAGUACACCACUAAACUCUGGAAGAAUUUAGUAACCUUUUUGUUUGAAAGCUACUAAAAGUAUAAAAAGAAAAAAAAGCAUUGCAAAAUGUAGAAUGAUAUGUUUUAUCUUUUCCUGGUUUCCUGGUAUGGUGGUAUAGUGGCUGGUGACACACAUAACCUAUAGUAUACCUAGUUAUCAGUGAGGCCCAUAACCUAUAGGACUGAAUUGUUUCUUUACUCAAAAACAAAAAAGAUGAACAGGAGUGAUGCCACCAGUUAUCAGUAUUUAUUUUAUGCAAAAAUUAUCUGUGCCAAUUAUGGUUUUUAUUUGGUAUGAUAUUACUUUGCUUUUAUCUAAAUUAGUUCAAAAUAUAAGCCUAAGCAAGUUUGUUUACUGAACAAACCAAGUGAUGUCUCUUGGCUCAAAUGUUGAGAAGAGUUUGAAUACUUCAAAAGAAAUAUUAAAUUGUAUUAGUAAAGACAAGCAUUUAAAAGUAUUGUGAUGGGAGAAUCCAGUGCCAGUCAUGUUUUAGCCCACCUAGGCGUGGUAUUUUAAUAUACAACUUUAAAUAUAUUUUUUAUUACUUUCUUAAUCAUCUAAGACUUAUAAAAUAUUAAAUUAAGCUUUGAUCUCUUCCUCUGAUAAGUUUAGUCCCACAGGGUUUUGCUGUAUAUAUACUCUCUUGUCUUAGAUUUCUUGUCUUUUUCUUACAAAUAGAAAGUGAGCAACAGGUAUUUACACAAAUAUAGGUUUAACCACUGGUUAAAAUACUGGCAUGAAUUUAUAACUUAUUUAUUCAGUAACUUGCUUUCCAAAUAUUGUGAUGGUACUCAUUCCUAACCUUAAGCAUUUUAUUAUAUUGUAUAUUAUGUUAGCCAAUCAAUAGCUACCUAUUAAACAUUACAAGAAUUCUUAAUCCCUUGACCACCAAAGGCUUCAAAUUGACAUGCGCGGCUGCAGCCCAAAAUCAACCUUUGCACAUUCCAACAAGGUUCAAGACGACACACAGCUCACUAUAGGCGUGGUCACAGAAUAAGUAAGUGUAUUAUUAUACUGAACGGCCAUGCACCGCCCUGCCUCAAUUCAAAUUACCUUGCCCCGUGACAGCAGAUUGACGACCUUUUGCCGACCGCUCAGUACUGUUUUUAAGCAACUUACUCACAUAACGACGCAUGCCGCGUGUACAGACGUGCUGUUCACACAUAGAAAUGCAAGUGAUUUCUUACGCCCUGUAGCGUGGUGUUCAAAGGAUUAAGAAAAUUCUGGUAUAUACAUUUUACAAAAUAAACUAUAAGGCCAGUUUUCAGGAUAACUUUGGUCUUGUUACUAACAUUUUAAAAGCAUAUUUUUAGUUAAGGAUAUAUCUAGUGAACACACUGUUCAAAGCAAGGAUAAACAAAAUAAAGGUUCAUACAGAUCUAGCAAAUGUGCUGGUUAUGCACAUGUUUGCUUCAGAUUGACCACUUUAUGUGAAUCUUGAAUGGUCACCUUAAGGCCCCAUUCGUAUGAGCACUUUUUCAACGCGUGUUAAAAAGCGCUUGAAUCUGUCCGCACGCUAAAUUCGAAUUAACGACCAAGGCUUAAAGUCGAAAAUCUCAACAACGCUUGAUAAAAAGCGCCACCGCCAUCGUGUGAAUAAAUGCACAUGUAUCCAUUUGUGUCAUUUAAACGCGCGUUGAAAAAGCGCUCGUGUUAAAGAGGCCUAAGAAAAUGAAUGAUACGAAUAAUUCACACACACUAACGUUGCCAAUAUGAAAACAAUGUUUUAAAAAAAUAGAGAAAAUAAUUAUGAAUUUUAAGUAUAACUUUUCGAUGCUAAGUUUUAUAAUUUAAAAAUAUACUAUGACUAUAUGUUGAUUAUUUAGUUUUGUUAUUAUUAUUUGUAACAUAAGGUCAGAAAGCUAGUGUAAGUUUCAUUUCAUUUAAAUAGUUUUAUCAUGUAUUAUUUGUCUUGACUUGGAAAUCAAUAAAACAAGUUAUGUAUUUGUAA